AUGGGUGCAACGAAAGAUCCACCUCACGAUGCAACUGCUACCCGCACUGGAAGAUGCAGGGAAGGUGGGAGAGGUGGAGGGAAAUGGGGAGUGGGUGAGUGGGUGGAGGGUGAGAUGCGCAUGGAGAAGGAGGGAGAGGGUGAUGAGGUGUUUGGCAUCAGACAGAGUGAGAAGGCAUACCUCUAUCUGGUGAGAAUUCGGUUUCUGCUACUCUUUAUACCACAUGGAACUGUAGCGUCCAUCGAGUAG